AUGAAAGUGAGCAUCGUUCAGCCCCUGCCUCGGCUACUGGCAGCCCUUUACGGACAUGGUAUCGAAAUGGGUCUUCAUCCAACCCUUCUCGGUCUGGCUGAUGAGGUCUGUCACCUAUCCAGAUCACCACGUAGCACUGCAUUCGCCUUUACUUCCGUAAGCCCUUUCUCUUUCAUUUGUUGUAGGGUUUCGCGAAUCUGGCUAUUGAGAGGCCACUACAGAUGGUCGCUUUGUUUGCUCAGUUCUCAACCAACCUGUGGCUGCCAAACGAUAGCGUCAUUGGAAAUCUUGUGAGCAGUCUAUGCCUUUGAUUGGUGUUAUUUAGUGUGGCUGAUAUUCCCAGCCUUAAGACACUCCCUCUGUCUUGAUUGUCAUAAUAGCUGGCGGAGACGUUUACAAGGUUGACAGUGGAGACAGUGGGACGGGACUAUCAGCUUCUCCAGCAAGCGGCCGCGGUUUUGCCUCCAGAUGAGCUGAUUGUUCGCAUGGUGCACAAGCUCAACCUCAAGGACUACCUAAGGUGCAGUUCAGAGAAUGAGUCGGUCAAGAAAUUAACUUUCUUGUCGUCACUGGCCCUAGCCACCGCUGUAUAAUACCCCGAUAUUCUAAAAAUAUCGUUUGAGUCGCACCGUCUUACGCAAACAUAGAUUCGAGGGCAUAAGUCAUCCCCCACACUGCAGUUUGUGGUUGUAUGAUUGUGUCUGUUGGCUGUCGACAUCUUGUUGAACUGUAGGCAAUGUUUACCAUCUAAUGCAACGAUAGAAUGUACCCUUUCUAAUAUGCGACUAGUUUCGGGGAUCCUGCCUCAUCAACUGCAUCGACGAUGUUGCAGACAUCACGUGGUAAAUGUUCGAGGCGUAGUUGAUUCUUAUGCAUACAGUAGAUGUGCCAACUCAGAAAAUGUUAACCGAAAUUUGGAAAUGCGUUUUCGACUCAAAAACACUAUAUAGGAUUGUAAUAUUAAUCAUGGUGCAGCAUAAUCCCAAGAUAUUUCCGUUACUUCUGGAUGCCAGCUUUUGAACGAAAUUCUCUUCGGCUGACUGCGAAAAUUAUAUUCUGCAAAAAAUGACUGUUUACAUAGUAUAAGUUUUUCUCAUUGAUUUUCAAUGUCCUCAUAAAUCCAACUAUAUCCCAUAGUUGCAUAAAAUAUGCCUUGUUGGCAUUUUGAUAGAAAAUUUCGUCAUGUUCAUAUUUUAUGCCUGAAGGAAGGGUAUAAUUCGGUUUUAAAAAAGCUUUUCCGAUUCCCGAAUAAUUUUGAACCCGACCUGCCGUUACCUUCCUAUUCAGGUUUUCUAAACUGCAAGACGUUUUUUUCUGUGUGCGAAAAAUCACAUAUAUCUCUACAUUAGUAAGAGGAGACCGUAUAGGGGUUUAUUAAAUUUAUUAGUGGAUUUGAGUAUAAUGUAAACUUUACAAGAAGCAUAAGUAAAUGCAGAGACAAGAUGUUUUAUGAAGGGAAAUUUCACGCUCUUAAAAAAUCUCAUAACUAGAAACUUCUUUAAAAGCGAAUUAUAGCCUUCCCCGUAUGUGUAGAAUUUGAAGAAGACGUAAUUCUCUACCAAAUGGGUAAAUGAACAAUUCUUUUAUGCAUGUCUUCUAUGAAAUAUGUUUGAAUUUAGAGGGGCCUCAACAAUCAAUGAAAACUAUCAUGCUGCAUAUGUUGUCAUUUUUUACAGAGUGUUUUUUUGUGGGCGUCGGAAUCGAAGUUAAUUCAAAAGCCGACAUCUCGAAGUAGCUGAAAUAUCUUGGAAGUUUGCUGCACGGUGAUUAAUUUGGCAAACCUAAUUUAAUAAUCUUUUCGCGUCGGUUAACACUUCGCGAGCUGGCACGUCUUCUGUGCAUUUUCUCUCAGUGGGGUCGGGUUUACCGUAGAGGUCCUGAAAUCUCAGAGGACAGAAGACAAAAAAGGUGCCGAAGGCAUUAAAGUUGUCUUUCUUUCCUGGCUUGACUUAUCCUGGUGGCGUUCUUACAGUGGUAGUGGGUUAUCUCACUUAGAGACGAAGUUUGUUUUAUUUAUUUACAGGGUGGUGCUCGGGUGCCAGUGAAUCUAGAGCAGUAGGUAUUGGUCCUUCCCGCAUGACGAAGUCGCUUGAACACUUAGCCAUGCGCCUGUCCAGUUGCUUCAAUGGAGGGAACAUAUCCGAAUGUUUAUUCUUCUGACUGCAUGAGAAAAAUCGGAUCCCAGGAAUGUUCCGUGUUUGUUAUCUGAAAGAAAGUUAGUAAACGAUAAGAACGGUUUAUUACUGCGAUAUUUCUGACAAAUGCCUGCUUCUAUUUUCAGGAAUAUAUCGAAAAUAACAAAAUAGACAGAUAUGCGAGACCAGUCAAACGGCCUCGCCUUUAAUUGACUUAGACGGCCUGAAUUCGUCGAGUUUUUUUGACAGCGCAGCAUUUUUUCUAUUCAUGACAUCGCCAAUAAACGUAAAAAAAACGAGUCCCAGGAGGUAGCUGUCUUGAAGAAGUAGACACGAUCGCUGGGACAAGAGCUUUAUUCGCCUGACGUUUCUGACUCCUGCUCGAAGCCAUCAUCAGAGAUAAUAGCAGAUAAGGGCGGCUCAUUCACAAGAAACAGCAGUAUUUAUGUAAUGCAGUCGCCAUGCUACUGCAUACCUACGGUCUUCAUCCAAUUGCCACUCCUCAAUCGCCCCCCCCCUCGCUGUGUCUUUCUCAGAAUCCUUCUACUGUUCUAGUGGAACCCCCCCAUCGCAAACGAGACCUGGGAGUGUGCAGGCAGCGGAGAGCCUGCUGCGCGUUCUGCACUUCAUUGUGACCAGUCGGUCUCGCCACGCUGUCGGAUACUUCGACCCCUCAGUGGUCGCGGCCAUACCCUCCUCAGCACAUCUCUUUCCUCCCGACUUCAAGGAUCUGGACGAGUCGCUGGAGAUUGACUACGGCCUCCUGGUGGACGAUGUCAUUCACGAGCUCUGCGUGCGUCCAAUGACCCCGUUAGAGCUCUUGUGGGCCCUACCUCCCCAGCCCCCGCGUAGCUGCCUGCGUGAGACGCCGCCCUACUGCGGCCUACGUGCGCCGCCGACAGGACACAAUAACAAGUGGAACAACUCGAGUGACAAUGGGGACGCGGUCGCUGACCGAAGCGCGUUCUGCAAUGACGAUCUAGAAGGUCUUGUCUCUCGCAUAUUGCAGCAAGUGGCCACACGGACUUUGGUGGGAGAGGAGACGAAAUUAAUUCUGCGGCCUGAUGUGCUGGCCUGUCGAUUUGACCUCUUCUAUCCUUCCUACAGACUAAAUAGACAGGUUGUGGUAAGUUUUGUAAUAAACACUUUCUACUUGUACGUUUUCAGUAACAUAUUAUAAAAUCAUAAACGCUGGUUUCUUGACAGACUAGGGAGGCGGUAAUUCGGGCGUUAAAGCAGGCGCAUGAAGACAACACCAACCCCUUACCAGCGGAUUUCCCCAUUCCGCCACCACCACCCCGUCCUCGGCGACGUUUCGUGGACCACCUGAAUGCGCCCAUCUUGCGCCUGCUCCGCUGUUCCACCUUUGUCCGUCUUCUCCGUCAGCUGCUGGACAUCGGUACUAUAUAUGGAAACCAGCAGUCGAAUUGGUCCGAAACGCUCCUGGAGCUGGUCCUUCACUUGAUAAUUAUUGCUCUUUACGAGGACUUUGUAGCAUUCACGUGAGUUAUGAAAAUUGACAUGAUUGACGAGUGCUUCAUGCUAUGCGAUCCAAAAACCGUCUGGAUUUAAACCCUGGCUUGUGUCCUUCAGUGAAACUGGGGAAAAACCAUUCCUGAAAGCGGUAAGCCAAGUGCCCGAGGAUGCCGAGAGUGCUGACGAGUUGGAGCGUCUUGCAGAGCUGCGGCACUGGGAAAGGCAAGACCUCCCCACCUCAACGACUUGGUACGUGGAAUUUCAGUUUUUGCCUUACCUGCAUAGUCAAGCUCCUACCUCACGUCGUGCGCAAUAUUUAUGAUACGUUAUGUCAUAACAACAACAACAGCAACAUCAACAACAACACCAAUGACAACAACAACAACAUGAUCACUGUUGUGAAGUCGUAGCCUAUUUAACAUUAAACAGCUUUCACGAAUCAUUGGGGCAAUUUUGCUAACCUCGUUAAAGGACUCUUCUGAUUUCAAAUGUAGGAGUUUUUAGUUUUUUAGCAAUGUCGAAAACGUUAAAUGAUUUCGAGCAUUUCGACCGCUUCAUCCACCAGCCCAUCACUACUGACAUCAACAAGGAAGCGUAGAACGUUAAGGUUGUUUUGGACGUGGAUGGCCAAACGCGCACCGUGAGAGAGGAUGAAUGAGGACUGCUUUUAAGCCGCCGCCCACCAGACGCAACUCAGCCAUACUUUCAAGUUCUAGGAGAUCGGACUCCUUGUUAGAGAAGUAAAGCGUGUGCACUACCAGCUGCGUAUUAAGAAAACGCAUUAAGACGACCAUUUCCCCCAUCAGAACAUACGCGCGUUUCCUUUCAGUUGACAAACCUCGAUGUGUUAUAGGCAUACGCGACGCACGAAUUCUGACCUGUCUUCUGGCUUUGGUCUCUCCGUGGCCGACCGCUGACACACUGUAUUGGUGCUGACGUUUCGGAAACUGCCUCGCUUCCAUCAUCAUAGUGGUGGGGUGGCUGUUCCUGCUAGCCCAGAGUUGUUGUGCCUCGUCGUCCCUCUCGUGUUAUAGGCAUGCCUGACGCACGAACUCUGACCUGUCUUCUGAUUGGGGAGUGGCAUUCGUCGCUCCGUGGGCGACCGCUGGCGCACUCGUGAGAGCUUUGACCCUCACCCGGCUGUCGUGGUCGCUGCAAGGUCUGUGUGCCUGUAAGCUCUCCGAUCCCCUGUGUGAGGAAUGUUUCAGAGGCGACAGGAACAAUUCGUAAUACUUUUGGGAUUGGGGUGGGCAACAAAUAGGAAUACACUAUCAGACAGCAGAUAACGAGACGCUGAGACCCGCUACUCGCAACGGAACAAUCAGCAGUAGUUUACAGCAUUCAUUGCCAAAAUUGCAAUGCGAGGUAUGUUGGUGAAACGGGCAAACAUCUCGGAAUAAGAUUGCAUGAUCACCACCUGGCAGUCAACCGCGAGAAUAUACUGCCACUGGUAUAUGGCCAAAUACAACAUAAGAAGCACAGUUUUGCCUUUGGGGGAACGAGAGGCAUCGGCCGACCCAAUGACAAGGUGGCCAGACUGGCGGUUGAAAGUUGGUCCCCAGUUGGCACAAUCAACAGUGCUAUUGAUCUUCAUCCGACCUACCAGGCUCUACGUACAAGGCUUCAGUCGGUCCAAACGGGACGGACAGUAUUGGCGAACAAAUCGCGAAUCCCCCAGCAGUCGUUUCCUCACGUCAGGGGGAAAGGGCCAGCCGAAGGUCACACGCCCGACGUCAGACAUCUACUCACCGACGCUUCUGUAUAUUCGUGGACCAAGUGGCAUCGUGGUAAGCCAGCGGUUUGUUAGCUGUUCAAUUGUUAGAGUGAAAUGCUUGUGUGCGCUUGGUUAUGAUUGAUACAUCUGAAGCGUGGGAAUGCCGUAUUCAGUCUGGUUCCUGUGUCGCUCUUGCCGGCGUGUAAUCGCAGGCACUGUUGUCACUCUUCUUACUCUCAGUUAAAUUAGAGCAGUUGGUAUAAUUUGCCCAUCCGGACCGCUGGUUCGUGAGACAGGUGGGCACACUAUUGUUGUCGAUGUAAAUUCGACCUAUUGUUACAAGUCCAACUACAAUGACCCAACCUACAUUUGAUAGCUAGGACUGGACUCGUCAGUCAACUGACACAAUAUCAUGACACCAUCCACUGAAGCGCUCUCACUUAUCCUGCAGAUCACAAAAUUAAACUGACGAAAACAACUGUAGUUGGUCACCACCGGAUGUGCUACGUGUGUUUUGUCGGGAAAACCCUGUUUUGAUAGUUUUCUUCUUUUUCUUUUUUUAUUCUUCCUCUUUUUCUUAUUCUGCUUAUUUUUUGUCCUCUCAUCUAUUCCAGUAACUGUCUCGUACCCCGCUUGGAGGCCCUGCUUGAGAAACCGUACCACAACCGGCAGGCUGGUCUGAUCAAGUUAGUGCGUUCUGUGUGUUAUUUUGUGUUUUUUGCCUCUCUGUCAAAAUCCUCACUGAGAUGGGCAGAAAUUCGGAUUACUCGGAUGUUUAAAUUCUGGCUUAUUCGCCCUCAGCAUCUUCGCAAAACGACAUUUCCGUAGUCGUGCCACAAAAGUUGGGUGUCAGGUGGAAAUUCAAGCACCUGUCUCGUCGAUUUUUUUUCUGGCUGCGGGACAAAUAAAUCCCUUAGAGCGAUUGUUGGGCGCCCUCUGCCGUAGUUUUUACUUUUGCAUAAUUCGCUGACUGUGGGCUUGCGCGCGUGCCUGUUCUUUAGGGUGAUGUGCGCCUGAGUGAAUAUGCGUCACGUGGGAGUCAAUGUCAGCAUGGUCGAUUUUAUUGGUUGAUAGGAGAGUUUUGGGACGGCCGUGAUUGGCUAUCCCCGGGGUUAGAUGUGCUCAUGUUCUGGCGCCCGGUAGGCGUGACCACUUAACUCCUAGCGCAGCAGAAAGAUAAUACGUGUGUGUUUGAGGCAUGCGAAUCCCCUGGACUAAAAUGGGAACACGAUCGGGGUUCAUGUGAGGGUUUUUUGGCUUCGCACUCAAAAUAAGUGUCACACAUGGGGGUGUGACACAUGUUAGGUGGUAGCACGCCUAGGAGCAAACCCACGUCGGGUCAAGCACCUGCGCUGUCUCCCAUCUCCGGUCCCCUUGAAUUUUUCAUGCCACUGGACCCAGGUGGGAGAGAAUGAGAGCAUGUGUUAGAUGCAGCCGAGGUCUACUAGCACUCGAGACUAAUUUACGCGAAAAUCACCGUUCUUGGUCCCGUCCUGCGGUGAGGCACACGUCGGACAUCGCAGGAAUCGCCGGUCGAACCCUCGCGAUGAUGCAUUUCUGUGCCAUUAAUGGUAGCGGUAGGGUGUAGGACCCCACGUAGCCGGUAACUCAAACAUGUGUGCUAAAAUUCUGUGUGCCCUUAAACAUCACUUAUUAUUCACCUUCCUACUGGUUGAUACUCCCUCCACUUCCUGACUAAAUGUAAACUUAUUUUUUGUUUAUUUUUUAAUUAUGACACUCGCUUUCUGUGCAAAACGACGGCGUACGACAAAACCUUUGACAGAAGUCUAUUUUCUGUGUCCUCUUGCUGUACAUCCUUCGUAUUGCCCCACCUGUAAAGCCUCCUCUACCACCAUUAAACGUAGGACAGGUCCAUAGGCACUCCUAUGGGCUCCCCUCUAUCAAGCCUAAUCGCUGAAGUAGUUCUUUAACGGAUAGAACACUUGGUGUUCGCCAUGUAUGAACCAAAGUUCUGUGCUCGCUAUGUCGAUGACUCCUUCGUCGUUGUCAAAACAACUGACAUUGAGCACUAUUCAACGUAGGACAGAGUCCACAGGCUAGUUCUUGUUAGUUAGGGUCGUACACCCUACCGAUGCCCCAUUACUAUAUGGAACACGCGUGUCGCUCCCUUUUACCAUAGCAAUGGUGCAAGGGUGGGUGGAGGCCUGUCUUACAUUAAGCCUGAUGCAGUUGGUGUUGGGACGAGUUCGUGUGUGACAUGCGCAGACCGGCUCUUUGGCGUUCUCAGUCGCUACGCCCACGCCCACCUUAGUUUUGUCGAGCUAUCAGAAGAAGGGGAGUGUUUUGAGAAGAGGUCGAUUUUGCGCAGAUUUGUCCCACUAGGAGCAAAUAUAUGCGGGAUUUCUCUAUUCCCCUUCCUCCGGUAGAAAACAUUCUGCUUGAGGUUACAGCUGAUAUUGCUAUUGUUGAAGUCCAAAGGGGAGAAAUCUCUCUCCGCCUCGCCGAACUGUCUACUUCCUGUCACCUGAGGGCUUGAGUCAUCUGAAACUGGUCGCCUCGACGAUUGUGCCGCUUCCUUGCCGUCUCUCACCCUGUCUUCUGCGGUGCGGUUUGAAAUUGUUCUUUCUCACCCAUAGGUGGACUCUCAAACUCUGGAAGUCAAUUGCCGAGAGCCAGUCCUCGUCCCCUCUCCAUCUGGCACCACCGUUAGAAGCCACCGAAGUGGUACGUUAUCUCUAUGCUGCUUCGUCUUUGUCCCACCCAUCCGCGUCUUUUCUCAACGUGGUUCGGUGUUUUAAACAGUGGCAUCCUUUAUAAACAACCGCAAAUGUAAAAGUGGGGAUGGUUGGCUGUACCAUCUGGACCGGAGCUGAAAUCUGCAUGAGGCGACUCCGAACCCUGAAAGAAUGCUGACAGUCUGAAAAUGCCUCAAUACCGGAAUGCUGUUGACCAGCCGCUUGGGUGUUUUGUAGCCGUUGCCAACCACAAUUCGCUCCCUGCCUGUGCAAGAAAGAACAUCCCCAAGGACUGAACGAAGUAAGGCAAGGACAGUGACCUCGGAGCCGGUCUCGAGUGCUUUGCAGUACUUCACCCGCCGCGAGGACCUAGCUUGCCUCCGCGUUUUGAGAAAGCGCCUGGUGUAUGGGGCAUAGGUCGUGAUAGCAGCCGUAUUUGAACGACAUGCUCGCAAAUGUCCUGAAUGAACUCUUAGACCAACUGGCCCUCCGUUAUCCAAGACCUUUAAAACUUCGAUGGAAGCUGGGGCUCUGCCUGUCGGCUGGAAUCGAGCCAAUAUAAGCCCCGCAUAUAAAGGUGGCAAGAGAACAGCCCUAAAUUAUCUCAGGCCAGUGAGUCUCACAAGCAUCCGUUGCAAAGUGAUGGAAAAGGUAAUAAAAACGGAAGAUGAUGCGCAUCUAGAAGAAAACAACUUGCUCAGUUUGCAUCAGCAUGGGUUUGGAAGGGGUCUAUCUUGUCUUACCAACCCGUUAGUAUCCAUGGCGUGCUGGACGAAAUCAAUCGAAAGGGAUUUAUCGGUCGACACCGUGUACACUGACUUCAGAAAGGGUUUUGAUAAUGUUCCACACAGAUGACUUGUAUUUAAACUGCGUCAAAUGGGUGUGAGUGGGAAUCUGCUGAGAUGGUUAUCCCAUUUUCUUACAGUCAGAUCUCUGUGUGUUUGUAUCGGUAACGCCAAAUCGGAAUGGGCAUCCGUUCACAGUGGGGUUCCGCAGGGGAUCGGAUUAGGUGCGGUUAGGGCAUUUUGGUGUUUACUUAUCACUUGUUGUGUGCUGUUAACUGCAGCAGUGCAUUCGACCAUCUUCUGUCAUCAUCUGUUCCCCUUUUCCGAUGAUGUGGGUGUCAAAUAUAGAAGAUUCUUCGUUAAAGAAUAUGUUACUAACAACUUUUUAGUAAUACGUGCAUUCAAAAUUAACACUGUAUGUACCGUUUUCAAUAGGGUCGUCAAGGGCACUGUCUAUUACCCUAAACAUACAAUGCUAUACUAUAUUACACCAUCUUCUGCCAUCUCUUGUCCCCAUUUUUCGGUGAUUUAGGUGUCAAAUGUUGAAGAAGAAGAAGAAGAAGAAGAAGAACGUCGAUUGAAGGCUGAGGGCAGGUCGAGCCUAAUCGCAAGGAUGGCCGACAUGCAACGGAAGCUAUUCGUCGCGCAUGCGCAGUUUGCGGACUUCGUGGAUGAUGAGGAGGAGGAUGACAAGGCGGCGGUUCAACCUGUGAGUCUCCGGCCUUCUUCGCGAACGCCUACUGCCGGUUUGUUGCCCGAUACAGGUGUGUCAAGCUCGUGGCAGAGCUUAUUUAGGUAUGGACCAUAGGAUAGCGUCUGUCAGUGCGGGGUCACCGAUCUACGGCUUGACCGCGUUUGUCUGCAUUUGUGCGGUUAGUUCGAGCAGCUGCGUCUUGGCGCCGCAGGCAGACUUCAGUUUAGUUCAGUUUAUUUGAGGGAAAUGUAUGUCUGAACCUUUGAACUCCCUAUUUGUUUACAUGCAACUUAAACAUCUCAAAGAUUAGAAGAGGUAUCAUAAAGGUAACAAGUAAUCGGGAAAGUGUCAAUUCUGUACAGAUAGACGAACUGUCUCGAGUGUUAGGGGUACAAGCAAGAAGUACUGUAUUCGUUUGGAGUACAGUGAACGGAAUAAUAUCCCAAAUGACAAAAAUUGCAUAGGUGCAUGCCAGUAGGCGUAGUCGAUUAUUCGGAGCAAUAAUAUAUUCUGUCUAAAAAGUUACUGAAAUAUAGCCAGUAGUAUUAUAACAAUAGAAUUUUGCAUAUUUGUCAAGCUUACAGAUGUCGGGUGGUAUUAUAGUGAACAGCGCUGUACAAAUGCAGCUUCUUCUUAAAGAUCUCGACGGAGGCGGACAUGACGACAUCGAGUGAGACGAUGUUAGCUGUCAUGCUUGCCUGUCAGAGUAAACGUAAAAGGACCACCAGUUCUCAGUCUGUCAUAUCUUCACUGAGUAACUCGAGUACAUCGAAGCGUGCAACCACACCCCCUGGUCCACACACAAAUGACCGGGAUUUCACACACCAUGAAUGCGAGGGUGGGGGAGACGGAUCGGAUACCAACUGCGUGGGAUUGCCAUAGAAGUCAUGUGAAGAAGGAGCCAUUGUUGUCUGAUUCUCCGCCCUGGGAGGAAGACUGAGGUAUCCCAUCUGUGGAUCGCAUUUCAAGCUAGGGCCUCUAGCUCAUCCUGAGAGAUCCAGGAACGUCAGGUUGUUUAUAGUGAGGAAUAUAUGAGGGGACAGUUAACUUCACACUCUUCUCCCCCACCAAGGCACCAAUCCACCGACGAGGCGGUCAGCUGUCUGAUACGCGGAUAAGGUCCAGUGGCUGACAGAGCUUGGGGCCUCUUCUGUGCGUGCCAGAUACGGGUACACAAAAUAGUCCCCACACACAAGACCCAUGAGCUCACACAAAAGGGUUGAAUUUUAGACAUAAAUAUUUUAUAUCGGACACGCGGCGGAUCUAAGACGACAUGCUUACGAACUGAAAAAGGAACUGUACCACGCAAAUCAACGUUCCUCCUUUUUCUCGCAGAGGGUCAUUUGCCAGUGGAACUCUUUGCCGGAGUAUGUUGUUAAUUACCCUACCGUGAGCGUGUUCAAGAGACAACUGGAUACUCAUCUUUUGAAGGGCAACCCGUACUGCCGAAGCUUGAUCUGACGGAUUACUGAAAUGACUAUAAAUAUACUACUUACCUGAUUUCAACAGAUCCUUUUUUGUGCCUCAAACUGAACCCAUGUGGAAAUUUUCACAGUCCGAAUGCGUGAACAAAGUUUUUCACAAUUAUUUCGCGAACACCAGACGCCUUUCGCAUUUACUUUCCAUUAUUAGAUUUAUGAAUUCUCCUUACUAAAACUGCAAGCAAAAGUUUUGCAAUUGAAUUAUUUUCCCUAACAUCUGUACUUUCCACAUGGAGUUUUCAGGGCUUCUGUCGUUUACUCCAAAUAUACUGACUGAUACUUCUAACCGUCUAUUCAUGACCUCAAGUUCGUGAUCGUAAAGAUGACCAUCAUAUUUGGGAAUAUGACGGGCCGCUGAUUUCUUUUCGCCUCUAAAGCUGUUGUUAACUCAUUCUACCUGUAUGUGGUCCCGGGCAUGUAAUCACUUGGUGACUAUAACAACUGCUAUUAGCAUUAUUGAAAUUUAGAAUGUCCUUCGAUGGACUCGUGGGGCCCUAGCGACUGACUUGAACUCGUAAUUAGUAAGUAAUCCCUUCAAGGCCCAACUGGCGGAGCAUUUUACUACAGGUCUUUUAGCAGGAACUGAAGGCAUGCUCGUUGUUUCCAUUCUCGUUUUGUCAGACAGUGACAUGCAUCGGUGUCGGAAUGCUGAUUCUGUGCAGAGUUUCUAGUUUUCCGCAGGCACUUUUUGAUUUAAAUGUUCUCUCCUCACUGUGUUCUCUCCCCCCCCCGUCCCAUCCCCAGGCGGACAGCGACGGAGUGGAGGCUGCUGACCUUUCCCUCGACCCGAGCAACCUAUUCAGGCUUGCCGUCCUGGGACCCAAUGUGCAUGUGGACCGACUCAGGGUGCUGGAGAAGAAACCGGCUUCUGUCAAAUGUGUCAUCUGCCUCGUGAGUUUUUCUCCCUCCCAUACUCUAAUUUCUCGUCUGAUAACAUGUCGUGGUGCCCCACUGCCUCGGUUCUGUUUCGGUGGUACUGUGGUUGUUUCGUGUCUACUGCCUUAGUACAAAAUAGUGCUAAUCGUCGUGUCCGGCUAUGGACCCUGGACCACGAGGCAAUGAAGAUAUUGUCCGACGUAAGCACUGACGCAUUCAGGGCAGGCCAGCUCAUAACUUCGCCAGCAGUCUACCUUGUGCGCUCAAAUAGCAACCUCAUAAGACACUAGUCCCAGUGGAUGAGCGCCCAUUACUUUUGUACUGCACUCACCUGAUCGUGAGUUUGCAGAAAACAUGUAUGUGUGUUUGUGUGCGUCUUUUUAGAUGCACACUGUUAUUCGAUCUUUUUUAGGUACCCAGACUGCAGCCUGCGUAAAAUUGCAUUAGGACCGCUUGCAUCUUUACGCCCCGAGGUUAAUCCUGUUAGGGUGGGUAAUCUUCGUCUGUGUCUCACCGAACGAGGUCAUUUCUAUGUCAGCCACCCCCAUGGACCAUCAGGCCAAAUUCUUGCAUUGCCUGUUUGAAAGAUAUAUCGGAGAGCUCGGAGCACCGUUCGAUAAUUGCUUCAUGUGAACGAGUAGGAUUUUUAUGCAGCAAAAACACUCAUUCAGCUCGUCCGUCUGGGAUUUUUUGUACCUCUGGUUAAAGAAGGCAUGUCUGGUUUGGGUUCAUGGGUAUUAUCGGGCCGAAAGGGUGAAUUUUGGUGGACACUGUUAGUGCUAUGAAAUAUUUUCCGAUGUUGACGAGAUGAGACUUAGGGCGCCGUUUCUGAAGCUAAUGGAGGUAGAGCCUUCGUAGGUGUUCUGUGGCUUGCGAAUAGCGCCGCAGACUAACGAGAGCGUUCUUUUCAGCUUUACUAGCCUCGCUGUAGGCCAUUGUUUUGUCUUACACAAGUGGAAUUGUCUUAUUACUCUUGCUGAGGAACAAUCUAGAGUUCAUUUCCUAACAUUUAUCCUUCUUCAUUUUGCAUCUACUUUAUCUUAGUUUGUUGUGCCUGUCUGUGUUUACGGUGGACUUGCCACGUAUAUUCAGGAGAAAGGUAACUUAAACUGCUCGAUUCCGGCUUUACGCAUCAGGCAUGCGGUAACGUCGAUUUUCUACACCUCUGACAGAACGGUUAACUCUGUGGCCAGCAUGAAAUCAAGAAGACGGUGGGAGAUUACUGAAAGCAGGGCCUGCUCAUGUACCGAAGUCUACCAUUAGAAGCUGCUCCGUCAGUUUGGUCAUAGGACACUCUAAGGAGGGGCGGAAGGCGUGAUCUGCUUCAUGGGGCGACUGCUGCUGACGUCAUUUUUUACGCCAAAACUCGGAGAACAAAAGUCAUGCAUCUAAGUAAAGUCUCGGUCACCUCUAAAGUGGGGGGGUGCAGUUUCCGCGUUGAAAACUGCAAGUUACUGACUCAAUGAAUACGUGCGUGUUUUAUGCAGCCGUGGUCGGCCUUGUAGGCACCAACCAACGAAUGCAAUGCGAAUAGCAAGUAGAUAGAAUGCUUGACGCGGAUCCUUCUUAUGACUGUGUAAAAGGAGCGCAUGCGGAGCAUUCUUCUAUGUCUGUCAUGAAAGUGGAAGCGGCCGACCUCCUCUUUAAUUUUACUCACUAUACAGCACUUUUGUGGAAGCCAUUUAUAUAUCAGCCUUUGUCAUCUUAAAUGAACAGGGUCACUGCAUACAGCCUGCGUAGAAGAGGCAGCAAGAACGCUGUAAUUUCUCCGCGGCGAUGUUAGUCCUUUUAGAGUGGCUGAUCUUCUUUUUGUGUGUCUUUGAACGAGUUCAUGGCUAGAUCGCAGUUGGUAGCCAGGCACCGCAUUACAGGUGGCUAGGGCUUGUUUACUGCGGCUAUUUCGUAAGGCUUCAUAAUCACAUGUGACCCAUUCGGCUUUUGUUUUACGGUUGAGGGUAGGAUUAGGGUACCGGUUAAUAGCUUCGGAUUUUCGGGUUAGGGUUAUGCAUUUAGGCUUAGGUUUUCGGGUUACGGUUAGGGUUUGAGCGUACGAUUAGGUUAUAGUAUUACGGUUAGGUUUUCUAGUUACGCCUAUGCCUAAGGGCUACAGUUACGUUUACAAUUUCGGUUAGGGUUAGGGUUGCCGUUAGGAUUAAUGGUUAAAGUUUACUGUUGAGAUUAGGGUUAGGGUUAAGGUUGGGAUUAGGCUUAGGUCGUUGUCCGCCUCCCAUUCCUGGCUACCAAAUGCGAUCUAACCGAGUUCAUUUCCGGUUUAACCACUCACGGAUCAUCAGGCCAAAUUACUGCAUCGCCUUUUAGAAAGAUUGUCCGGAGAGUUCGGAACAGGAUCUGAUAGUUGGCGCUCUUGCCACUCACUCCACUGUCCUCUCUGCGCCCCCACCCUGCCCCCAUGCCGUAUUCUCUGACUCCGGAAAUGCCGCCAGUCCCAUUUACUGCACCAGCGCCGACCACGAAUGGGUAAGCAGUCUGUCACUGUUCCCUCCCAGUCUGCGCUGUUUUGCGAUUAUAGGCGUUGCCGCUCUAAGAGUGAUUUUUUUUCAACAACCCUGUCUCUCGUCGUACCUUUCUUCCACGCAUUUAUGAAAGACUGCGCGCAAAUGCUGGAGGUAUCGUAACAGGAAAUUAAUUUCUACGUCGUAUGACCACUGUCCCCGCCCAGUAUGCGCCUUUUACGAUUAUAGGCGUUGCUGGGCUUUUGGUUAAUACCUGUGUUGUUAGUACGGUAAAUAAUUACACAUUUCUAUGCUACUGGCUGCGGUUUGUGAAUAUCACACGGUAAUUCCGCAGUAGCUGAUGAAUUUCAGCUCAAAUAUUCAUAUCAAAUUUCGAAUAGUACCUGAAAGGGUCUGUUCCGAAAGACUUACUCCAAGUUCGCGCAUUAAUUUCCUCGGAAAUUCAACAAGGCAAAUUGGUCUUUGCCCAACAAUCCAUUCAAAUGUUCAGUUGAGGUGGUGUCCUGUCUCUCGACUUGUACUUGUACUUGAUACGGCUGCGAUCAUGCCGGAUCUAGCCGGCCUCGAUGAUGUCCCGAACUGUACCUCUCCACGCGUGACGAUCUGCGGCAGCAGAUCUAGACAGCUCGACCCAUUCCUUUCGCCAACGACGGAGACCGAAUACCGAAGGUCCAAGGACCACCUCCAUGUCUUGACGGACAGUGUCGAGCCAGGUUUUGAACUGACCCCCUGUUCGACGCCUCCAAUGGGGCAACGGUGCCGGGUCGAGGGCAGUAACACUGAGCUCCUGAGGUGGACGACGAAGAACAUGCCCGAACCACCUCAGUCGUCUUCCUUGGAUGGCCUGAGUCAUCCUUGCGAUGUUGUCGCAGCGAGCGCGGACUGUCUCAUUUGA